AUGUAUUAAAUAUAAAAUAUAUUUAUAAAACCAUUUUUGUCCUAGUUUCUUUCUUAAGAAACUACAUCUAUGCUUCUUCUUGCGGCAACUGGCAAGUAUUUGUACCUUCUCUUUGAUGAUUCGUUUAUGGUGGUUCGGAAAUACAUAUUCACUACUGAAGGUCAUCCCCUUCCAGUGCUACGUUCUUGGCAUGAGAGGUUACCAGAGACUUACAUACCAACUAACUGGACUUAUGAUAUGGAAGCCAGCAGACAGAGACUGCAUGCUACAUCCCUGAUGCUCGUGGUGACCACAGGUGUUUCAGUGACGAUGGCUGCGGAGUCGACUCAACUACUUGUAGAAGAAGAUCAUAUAGCAAUAUUGCUGGAUACUGUGGCCUGUGGUUGUUCAUACGAUAACCGGAUGGAACCAGAUUCCUUGAUGGUGAGGAAAAGGAGAACUGAACUUCCUUCUAGUGCAGCUGAAAGCUCUGAGACCCAGGAAGCGAGUGGGGCCAGUGGUCAUGGUUCCCAACAUCCUGCCGAAGGGAGUGCUCCUCAACAAGGUGGAUACCAAGGGGGACACCAAAGUAGAAGGGGUUGGCCUCCCCAGCAGGCAGCUCAUGGAGGCUUUGGUGGUGGCCAUGGUCGUGGCGGUCCACAGCAGCAACCCUAUGGGGGGCAACCUGAAUACCAAAGUCGGGGUAGAGGAGGGCCACCUACCCAAGUUGGUCGUGGGGGAUAUGGUGGUGGUCGUGGAAGUGGUGGUAUGGGUGGUGAGCCCGGUGGUCAUGGGGGAGGACCUUCUUCAGGUGGACCAUCUAGACAACCAAAUCCCGAGCUGCACCAAGCGACCGUGCCUCAUCAGGCAGUGAUACCCACUCAACCUUCGCCGUCUGUAGCAAGUUCUUCAUCCACUCCAGCUGACGUAACACAACAUGUUCAGCAGCUUACUAUUCAUCAAGAAGCUGCUUCAGCCCAGGAAAUUCAACCAGCUCCUCUAUCGAGCAAAUCUAUGAGCUUGCCUCUUCGUCCUGGGAAGGGUAGCUAUGGCACAAAGUGCAUUGUCAAGGCAAAUCACUUCUUUGUUAAACUGCCAGACAAAAAUUUGCACCAGUAUGAUGUCACCAUAACACCAGAAGUAACAUCAAGAGUUGUUAACCGUGAUGUUGUGGAGAAGCUAGUGGAACUAUACAGAGAGUCCCAUCUGGGAAAGCGCCUUCCUGUCUAUGAUGGGCGAAAAAGUCUCUAUACUGCAGGGCCUCUUCCUUUCUCGACCAAGGAGUUUAGGAUCCUCCUUGGUGAUGAAGAUGAUGGGUCGGGUGCACCAAGAAGGAAGGGGGAAUUUAAAGUCAUUAUUGAAUUUGCUGCACGUGCUGACCUGCACCAACUACGACUCUUUCUAGAAGGGAGGCAAGCUGAUGCACCUCAGGAAGCUUUGAAGGUUCUCGGCAUUGUUCUUCGAAAAAUGCCUAAUACUAGGUACUGUCCUGUGGGCCGCUCAUUUUACUCUCCUAAUCUAGGUAGAAGACAGCCUUUGGGUGAGGGUUUAGAAAGCUGGAGAGUUGCUAAAUCGGGAUGUUUCCUCUGGACUGUUAUCCAAAAGGCUCUUAGAGGAGUCAAAGUUGAAGUUACACACCGUGGCUAUACGCGUAGGAAAUACCGAAUAUCUGGUUUAACUUCACAGGCAACAACAGAGCUAACUUUCCCUGUUGAUGAAAUAGGUACCGUGAAAUCUGUUCUUGAGUACUUUUAUGAAACAUAUGGUUUCACCAUUCAGCACACUCAGUUUCCAUGCUUACAAGUGGGCAGUCAGAACAGACCAAAUUAUUUGCCAAUGGAAGUUUGCAAGAUUGCUGCGGGUCAGAGGUACUCGAAGAGAUUGAAUAACAGACAGAUCACUGCACUGUUGAAGGUGACCUGUCAACGGCCUCACGAAAGGGAAACUGAUAUCCUGCAGACUGUUUCUCACAAUGCUUAUCAUGAGGAUCCCUAUGCAAAGGAAUUUGGAAUUAAGAUCAGUGAGCAGCUUGCUUCGGUUGAGGCACGCACUUUGCCGGCCCCAAGGGUAGAGAAAAGGAUGUCCUCCCUCAAGUUGGACAAUGGAAUAUGAUGAACAAGGUAUUCUGUGCUAUUUUGUAUCAUAAUUGGGUUGAGUAUUUGUUACAUGAACGGUGGAGAUCAUGUCUGCGCAGACAUUGUGUUAACAUUAUAGUUUUGAUUCUAUUUAUUUAAUUGAAGAUACAUUGUGUUGUGUGCCAUAUGUUGUGUUAAAAAUUGUCUUUGCUUUUUGUGUUUCCUCUUGCUUGUAAUUUUUUUUUUUUUUUUUUACCAUUAUCCUUGUGUCAUUGUUCCUGUUUCAACUUUCAUAGAUGGAAGGUGUGAUUGUUAUAU